GGGUACUGUGGAGCUUUGCAAGCUGAGAGGCACUGCAGUUUUGACUAGCUGAAGAGGCAACUCAUAAGAAGGGAGAUGAGGGGAUGUCAAGACCCCAGAGAGCAUCAAAGGAGGUCUGAGGGCGUCCAGAUGCAAAGGCAUCAGAGGUGAAGGAAGCCAGAGCACAGCAUCCUGGACAGAGUGAUCCUCCCACCCCUGCGGGCUUCCAGAGAGAUCCUGAGAUCCAGGGUGCCCCUCCAGCCAGGAUGAGGCUCUUCAUCGCACUUCCUGUCCUGAUUGUGGUCGUAGCCAUGGCUGUGGAAGGCCCAGCCCCCGCCCAGGCGGCUCCUGAUUUGUCCAGCACGUUGGAGAGUAUACCGGGUAAACUGAAGGAGUUUGGGAGCACUUUGGAAGACAAGGCCCGGGCAGCCAUUGACCAUAUCAAACAGAAGGAAAUUCUGACUAAGACCCGGACCUGGUUUUCAGAGACAUUCAGCAAAGUGAAGGAGAAAUUAAAAACCACACUUGCCUGAGCGCCUGGAGAGCCACCUCUAAGCAUCAAGGACGUCCACGUGAAGUUCCAGGUCCCUCUUCAUGGCACAGCAAUAAAAAACCUGUAGAA